AUGGCUGCCUUGAGUGCCAUCACAUCCGACGAGGGCGCCCGUCCAUGGCAUGCGGCUUACCCCACUCCAUCAUCCCAGGCAGCUGCCUUACCCCGCCAAGAACUUUUACAGUGGCUCGAGGGUGCGAAGGUGAAUGGGAAGGACUUUGUUUUGGUGGAUUUGCGUCGUGAUGAUUACAAGGGUGGUACGAUUCGCGGGUCAUUGAAUCUCCCAGCUCAGAGUCUUUAUCCGACUUUAUCGGCUUUGUACGCUUUGGUUUCGAGUAGUGGUGUGAAUAAUGUUGUUUUCUACUGUGGCUCUUGUGGAGGUCGGGGUACGAGGUCUGCGGGUUGGUUUGCCGAUUACUUGCAGGAAGUCAACGACACAUCUAUCCAGAGUAUGAUACUCGAAGGAGGAAUUAAGGGUUGGGCCGCGGCUGGGCCGGAGUAUACUAAACUGAUGGACGAGUUCGAUGCAAGUGUAUGGAAGAAGUAA